GCAUAAUGGGCAAGAAAUGACAUGACAGCUGAGCCCUAAGAGCAGGGGCAUCCACAUAUAUAGCGCCUUUCAUGGCAUCCCAGAUAAGUGACAUGCAAAUAAGUCCAAAUCCUGACAGAUUCACUCAGAGGUCAAGGAUCUUCAUGUUUGGUGCCAGUCUGUCACUGCCAACUGUGGGCACCAUCUAGACAGUGUGGUCUUGCUGGUAGCCAAUGGUGAGGUGAGGCAGAUGGGCACCUCAGAACCGUGAAUGUGGAGGCAAAACCCGACACUGCAUUUAUUUAAGUAGAGAUGCUGUGAAUGGCAUGAAGGUGGCACACAUGGUGACCUACGACACUGUAGGUGUGACUUUGGCACGUUCGGAGCUCACGCCUUCUGUAGGCCCAAAUCCAGCACCAUGAUGUCACUUUUGGUGUCUCACUUCUCUCUAGUGACCGAGGUUCUUCACUAAUUAACUUGAAUGAGUUCCACUCGGUGGCACCUUUGACAAAUUGGUGGUCUUGGCUCUCUUUGUUAUCCCCUUAUUGUUCUCCCUCUGCCUAUGCUAACAUGUCUUUGGUCGUCAGAUCUUCAUAAUCCUCUUGUUCAGCUGUCAUUAUCUGGUGUUUUAUUGUCUACGAAGGGCACUUUAGCCUCUUGUGUUUCUUAUUUUAUUGAUCCUUGAAAUGCCUAAGUGAUGCCCCUCAACCCACUGACCUUGUUUUACGUGAACACCACCCAGCACUUGUCCCUGCGCUGCCCACACAGACUUUGUUCUCGGCUUUCCACGCCUAAAAGGAUUUCCCAGCGACCCCCAUUAUUAUUAUUCCCAGAGUACCUAAACGGUGGCAGGCGGGCACAUUGCUGGCAGCAGUCCGCUCCUCCUCUAUUGCAGGGGGCCGCACCUCUUAAUACCUGAACAAUGGCCGAGACUAAUCUCGUUCUCAGUUUCCACCGCUGCCAGGGCUCAACUGGACGCUGGAAUACCUGACCGAAGGCCAAGACCACAGACCACCAUUUGUGCUCGUUUGCUACUUCAGAAUGGACUUGACCCGAGCGAGCACCGGGGUCCUGGACAAACCAGGAAAGUCGAACACUAGAAGUUAAAAGAGAAGACCCCACGCGACCCAAACGAUUCAAGUCAAAGUCCACCUGGCUGUUCAGCGCUUGCCGUCUUUAUCUUCUCAAGCCAGGACCACAUCAAGUCCAGCCACUGCCUGAAGAUGGGGGGGAAGAAAUGGCUGGUGGGUGCGGCCAUGUUGUCAGCGGUCAUCGCUCUCGUCCUUCUCCUGGUCAACCUGACGUGGGUCAGCCUGCCCGUGGGCUACAAGUAUGGCUUGGUCUUUGACGCCGGGUCCACUCACACCGCCCUCUUCUUGUAUAAGUGGCAGGAGGACAAGCAGAACAGCACAGGACUGGUCACUCAGGUUAUGGUCUGCGAUGUGAAAGGCCCAGGAAUCUCGAGCUACGCCACCAACCCUCCGGCCGCCGGUCAGUCCCUCAAGGUCUGCCUGGACACUGCGGUGGCCACCGUCCCUCAAGAGAAGCAGCGGGAGGCUCCCGUCUACCUGGGUGCCACUGCUGGCAUGCGACUGCUUAACAUCACCAGCCCCAGCCAGUCUGACCAGGUGCUGGCCGAGGUAGCCAAGUUCAUCCAGCUCUACCCAUUUGACUUCCGCGGCGCCCGCAUCAUCUCUGGAGACGAGGAGGGGGCCUACGGUUGGGUGACCAUCAACUACCUGCUGCAGUCCUUCAUCAAGUGCACAUUUGAAGGCAAGUGGAAGCUGCCAACUAGUGCCAAGACCCUCGGGGCGAUGGAUCUCGGAGGAGCGUCCACCCAGCUGACCUUCACGCCGGCUGUGGCCAUUAAAGACAAGAACUACGAGUCCAACUUCACCCUCUACGGGAACAAAUACAACGUCUACACGCACAGCUACCUGUGUUACGGCAAGGAGCAGGCCAUGAAGAAGGUGCAGGCCAACCUGAUCCAGCCCUCAAGUCUCUCAAAUCCCAUUGACCACCCCUGCUACCCCACCGACUACCAGCUGAACAUCACGCUUGGCGCCAUCUUCAACUCUCCCUGUGUCUCGUACUUGGGCAGUGCCAACCUCAACACGCUGGUCAUCUUCACCGGGACAGGAAAUGCCAGAAAGUGCCAGGAAAUCAUCAGGGGCAUCUUCAACUUCCAGGCUUGCGGCUUGAAUGCAGACUGCACCUUCGAUGGCGUCUAUCAGCCCCCCAUCAGCGGCAGCUUCUUUGCGUUUUCUGCCUUUUUCUACACGUUUGACAUUUUAAAGUUGACCCCUAAAGCAUCACUCAACGUCACUUUGGACACCAUCAGCAAGUUCUGCCAGAAGACCUGGGCUCAGCUCAAGGCCGAGUACCCCACUGAGAAGGAGGACCGCCUGCGUGACUACUGCACCUUGGGCUACUACAUCACCACCCUGCUGGUGGACGGCUACAAGUUCAACGGCACAUCCUGGGACAACAUUCAGUUCCAGAAGACGGCUGACUACAUGGACAUCGGCUGGACGCUGGGCUACAUGCUCAACUUGACCAACCUCAUCCCUUCCACAUCCCCUGGCCUUGUCAGAGGUCAUGGUCCAGGAGAGUGGACGGCCUCGGUCAUCUUCACUGUCUUUGCCGUAUUCCUCUGCUUGCUGGCCUUAAGUGUCCAGUGUCUGGAAUCCCGACAGAUGAGUUCUGAAUAGAGUGGACAUGUGGGACAUGUGGGUGACCCCUCAAGUCAGUCUUUGUUGUGUGUGGGCCCAGGCACCUUUAGAGUGGAUGACCACCAUGUAAACACACAGCUGUGAACGCACAAGGUGGCUCCUCCUGACGGGUCACCACCCACCCGCUGACCUCUGACCCCUCCCUGUGCACCGCCCCACACAUAGGUCUCCUCCCACCACACAUCAUGCAAGAUCACCACUGACCUUUGAACCUUUCUUCAGACUCUUCAGUCCUCUUAAUGAGGUAUCAUUGACCCUCCAUGGUGCCCUGGAUCUCCCCCAUCCUGGUCUCACAAGGCCUUUCUGCUUGACCCUUGAACUCUCCUCAAAGCCCCCACCAUGCCUGACACUUUUUGUUAUUCCUGUAGCUCCCUAACCUUUGACCCUUCCUAGUGUGGACACUUGACCCCUUCAUUGAGGUCCUCAUGCUUGUGUCACCUCUCCAGUCCCCCCUUCCUGCUGUCCUGUGAUUGGU